AUGGCCGGCGAUGAGGAUACAUAUUUAUCAUCAACCGAACAAGAAAAAAUACUUGAUGAAUCGACGCGAAUCGUAAAAUCGGAGGCAUUUGAAAUGAAACGAUGUUUAGAUAAAAAUUUAUUAAUGGAUGGUAUUAAGCAUGCUUCAUUAAUGCUUAGCGAAAUGCGUACCGAUGUUGAUGUAACUAACGAAUUGCAACAUUUGGAGGCUUAUUUAUCAGAUGAAUAUGAAAAGGGUCGCCAGGUUAAUGAUUUGUAUGAAUUGGUUCAAUAUGCUGGAAAUGUUGUUCCGCGAAUGUAUCUCUUGAUAACUGUUGGUGUUGUGUAUAUUAAAUCGGGCGAAGGUAAUGCCAAGACAAUUUUAAAAGAUUUGGUUGAAAUGUGUCGAGGUGUUCAACAUCCUCUUAGAGGAUUGUUCUUACGAAAUUAUCUAUUACAAUGUACUCGUAAUCUUCUUCCAGAUUUGCCGGAUACUUCAGAGUGUGAAAAUGGUAAUGUGAAGGAUGCUAUCGAUUUUAUUAUGGUGAACUUUAGUGAAAUGAAUAAACUUUGGGUUCGCAUGCAACAUCAAGGUCCGAGUCGAGAACGGGAUAAGAGGGAGCGAGAACGCCGAGAGUUGCGUAUUCUUGUUGGUACCAAUCUUGUCCGCUUGUCACAACUUGAGAAUAUCACCAUCGAAACAUAUCAAAAAGUUGUUCUACCCGGAAUUCUAGAACAGUCGGUAUCAUGUAAAGACCCUAUAUCACAGGAGUAUUUAAUGGAAUGUGUUAUACAAGUUUUUCCAGAUGAAUAUCACUUAGCCACUCUUCAUGAAUUUUUAAAUGCAUGUACAGAUCUUCACCAAGCUGUUCAGAUCAAAAAUGUACUUAUCGCACUUAUCGAUCGUUUAGCAAUUUAUGCGACAUGUGAAGGAUGUGAAAUUCCUGCAGAUAUGCCAUUAUUUGAUAUUUUUUCGAAACAGACUGAAUCUGUUAUAACAAGCAGACAGGGUAUGUUGCCUGAGGAUAUCGUUAGCUUGCAGAUGGCCUUGUUGAAUUUUGCCUUAAAGUGUUAUCCACAUCGUCUGGAUUUCGCUAACAUAGUUUUGGAAACAACUUGCUCUAUUUUUGAAAGAAUGAAUUUUUCAAAAGCCGCCGCAAGUGAAAAUUCGGGUCGAGAAUUGCUUCGAUUUCUUCGAAUUCCUGUUGACCAAUAUCAUGAUACUGUUCGGUUAUUGCAACUCUCAAAGUAUAGAAAUGUUAUCAAUUUACUCGAUUAUCGUGGCAGAACGCAAGCUUGUGCAUAUGUAAUUAACGAUAUGGUGGAAAAUGACGUUUAUCUUUCUUCACAAGAAUCUGUGGAAGAACUACUAAAUCUUAUAGAACCUCUUCUGGUCGAUCAAGAUGAUCAACCUGAUGAUCUUGAAAAAAAUGAGGAAUUCGCUGAUGAACAAUCCCUGGUUGCUCGCCUCGUUAAUUUGAUUCAUGCAGAGACUGCUGAUCAACAGUUUAUCUUUUUAAAUCAAAUUAGAAAGCGCUUCGGUAAUGGCGGCCGAUAUCGAAUCCGUUAUACUUUACCAACAGUAGUCUUCGCUGUCUACCAACUGAUAAUACGUUAUUCGAAUGAAUGCAAAGAUGAUGAGAAGUGGAAUGUCAAAUUACAAAAAAUGCUUCUCUUUUGCAUGACUACAAUUGGAGCAUUAGUUACUAAUGCUGAAAUGGCUUCUAUUCCUUUGAAUCUUUAUCUUCAGGCUGGUUUUUUUAGUCUUUUGCUUUUUUUAUCAGUUUCGCAAAGAACAGGAGCGCUUAUCGCCGAUAAAGUGAAUUUUGACAAUAGUUCAACUGUAGCCUAUGAAUUUAUGUCAAAAGCCUUUUCUUUGUAUGAAGAAGCAAUUCCAGAUAGUCGUGGUCAACUAGUGGCUCUCAAUUUAAUUAUAGGCACCUUACAGAAAUUGCAUUGUUUCACCGAAGAAAAUCAUUCUCCUUUAAGAACCCAAUGUGCACAUGCAUCCACGAAAUUAUUGAAGAAAAUUGAUCAGUGUACAGCAGUUUGCUCAGUUGCUCAUUUAUUUUGGAGUGGGCAUAUAGCUGAGACCGAGGGACCAAUGCAUGAUUCAUCUCAGGUAGUUGCUUGUUUGAAAAAAGCAUCUCGUGUUGUGUCGCAAUGCAUGGAGCCUUUGGUGCAGAUUCAAUAUUCAAUCACAGUUCUUAAUCAUUAUCUUUAUUUUUACGAAGAUAAAUGUGGCCAGGUAGAUUUGAAAAUAUAUUGGAUAUAUAAAAAUAUAUCUAUGAUUCAGUUAAUGAUGGAAUUUUUCCACAUUCUGCAUUUGCCAGUAAUUCGCUUUCAAAUAUUUAAUUAA